CCGGAGGGCGGAAGUCUGUCCGCUGUGAGCAGGAAGUGACGUCACCGCUACGGUCGCGGCAGGGCUGAGCGAGUUAGCUCGAGUUAAAGCGACUUUAUUGAUUAAAGUUCACUUAUUAAAGUGAUUUAAUCCAUCACAGAUCAUUAAUCAAAGCCUCGUUUACAGCUCAGGAGUCACGCGGAGUCGUCAGGCGCCGUUAUUCGCGAAACAGAUCGACAGCGUGAUCUGGAUGGACUCGAAUGCUAAUUUAUCAUGUUCAGCGAAUGUGCAAUGACUCUGGUCUGACGGCGUUUGUCUUGAUCCACACUGCAGCAGUCAUGUCUCUGCCUGAGGAAGCAGGGGAUCGUGGGAAGGAGAGGGAGCGCGGCGCCCGGCCCAAAGUGCGUCAGAGCCGCUCCGAGGAGAGACGAGACGGAGGGAGGCAGAAGGGCGGCAGGGGGAAGAAGAAAAGCCACGCUUCGCACAAUCUGACCUCGGAGCGGCCCGUGAGCGACGGCUUCGAGUACGGAGAUCUGCUGAACAAUUCCAGCGAGUCCUUGCUCUCCGAACGGGUUUCCGCCGAGGACACAGAGAGCAAGGCGUCCGGAAGCAGCAGGACGCUCCGACAAAAGAUCCAAGACGCAGUAGGCCAGUGUUUCCCCAUCAAAACCCACAGCCAAGUCCUGUCCACCUCGCCGUCCUCCAGGCGUAAGAUCCACCUCAGCGAGCUCAUGCUGGACAGCUGUCCGUUCCCCGCCGGCUCGGACCUGGCGCAGAAGUGGUACCUCAUCAAACAGCACACGGCUCCCAUUUCUCAAGCUCCGGUCCUCGAUUCCGGACCCGCGCUGGUCUGCGCCGGUGUGGAGGACGAGGAGGACCGUUUACGAGAGAGACGACGGAUAAGCAUCGAACAGGGAGUCGAACCGCCGCCCAACGCUGAGAUCCACACCUUCGAAGUGACGGCGCAAAUCAACCCGCUGUAUAAACUCGGACCCAAACUGGCUCACGGGAUGAACGAGCUAGCCGGAGACGAGCGUGCUACGCUGCUCCUGCAGAGAUGUUUGGACACGCUCGAUGAAGUCGUCGCAUCAGCGUCUGAUUUUGAUUUGUGCGCCGCGUCUCCGACUCUAACUCACCCGGCGGACAGUCCUAAAUCGCAAGACGGAGUCCAUCGCAUUCACACGCAAAUCGAUUACAUCCACUGCCUAGUCCCCGAUCUGCUUCGCAUCACAAACCUGCCUUGCUACUGGGGCGUCAUGGACCGAUACGAAGCCGAAACGCUGCUAGAAGGCAAACCCGAAGGCACAUUUCUAUUGCGCGACUCUGCGCAGGAAGACUACCUCUUCUCAGUCAGCUUCCGGAGGUACGGACGCUCGCUGCAUGCGCGGAUCGAGCAGUGGAAUCAUAACUUCAGCUUCGACGUGCAUGACCCCAGCGUGUUCCACGCACCCACCGUCACCGGCCUGCUGGAGCACUACAAGGACCCCAACUCUUGCAUGUUCUUCGAGCCGCUGCUGUCGAACCCCAUCCACCGCUCGCAGCCCUUCAGCUUGCAGCGCAUCUGCCGCGCCGUCAUCAGCAGCAGAACCACGUACGACGGCAUCAACGCUCUACAGCUGCCCAACUCUCUGAAGGAGCAUCUGAAGGAGUACCAUUACAAGCAGCGUGUGCGCAUUCGCAGACUCGACACCUGGUGGGAGUGACGGGGAACGAGACCGGAGUCCUGCUGUCAAACGAUUCAUCGUGAUUAAUCGCAUCCAAAAUACAAGUUUUUGUUUACAUAAUAUAUAAUUAUUCAGACACCAGAUAAUUUUGGGGGGUUUUUUUGUGGUGGGUGCACUAUAGUUUAUUUAUGUAAGAGAGGAUGGCAAAAUAAAGUAAACUGGGACAUAUCAUACCCAAAACAUUUUCAUGGGAUUAAAAAAUAUUCAAUCGCUUUAACCUGAGCAUGUUUUGCUCAAGUGUUUAUUCUUUAAUUGCUAAUGCGAUCUUUUUACACACAGACUGAACAAAAUGAAGCAUCUCUUGGUAAUUGUUUGAGCUAAACUGGUUUUAUCUAAUUGUGUUCUUAAAUUUAACAGCUGACAGCUAUUCAACCCAAUUCAUUACAUACCUUUCUAUCAAAGUUAUCUGACUUCAUCAAGAUCAGUUUGUUCUGAAGCCGUUUAACUCGUCAUAUUUUAGUACCAUUUUCUAAACUAUAGCGAAUAAACUGAUAUAAUGUGAGAAAGGUGUCUGAAUAAAUUUAGUUUUGACUGUAUGUGUGUGUGCUGUGUAUAUUUAUUAUGUGUAUAUAUAAAAAAAACAUACGCAUGCGUGUAUAUAUUUAAGAAAAAUAUGCUGUUUAUAUAUUUAUAUAUGAUAUAAAUUUAUAUACAUGUAAAUAUUUUCAAAAUAUAUACUGUGUUUGUGUGUAUUUAUAUAUACAUAAUAAAUAUACACAGCACACACACAUAUAUUAUGUAAACAAAAACGUUUAUUUGGGAUGCGAUUAAUCGCGAUUAAUCGUUUGACAGCACUAGACCGGAAGUGCCACGACUCCUGAUAUGAAGACGUGAGUGCCUUUCUGACGCUACUCAUUUUGAGGUUUAAUCGCUGUUUGCUCGUCGUCACGAUGUUGGAAGUUCGUCACAGGGUUCCCUGCAACACUGGAGUAAUUAACUGAGUAACACGGAAUCGGCAAGCCUUUCUUAUUUUAGAAUAUUUCUCAUUUUUAUUAAGACAAGUGUUGCAUUUGGGAGUUACGGCUCGUUCACACCAAGAACAAUAACUAUAACGAUCACUUUAACGAUGACUAUAGCAAUGAUGAACGUAGACUUUAAAGUUGAUUAUAACAAUAUAAUGUUAACUAUAAAGUUGACUAUAACAAUGACGAAUGUAGACUUUAACGUUGUCUCUAAUGUUGAUUGUAACUAUAUAACCGUAUAAUGUUGACUAUAACAAUAUAAUGAUGACGAAACAUUGACUACAACAAUAUAACGUGGACUCUAACGUUGACUAUAACGAUAUAGCAUUGACUGUUGAAUGUCCAUUUUUAUAUGAUAUUAGACAACAUUUCAUUCAAAAAAUGUAUUAAUGGACAUUUUUUUAAAAGUUUCUCUUGGAAUAAUUUUCUAAUUUUUUAUCGUACAUUAAAUUGAAAAAUUCUAGUUUAUUGUUAUUGUUGCCAUUAUUGUUAUAUUUAUAUAUAAUAUAUAUAUAUAUAUAUAUAUAUGUUAUAUUAAUAUAUUAUCCUGUCUAUAUAUAUGUAUCUUUUGUAUGUUGGACAUUUUUAAGAUAAAAUUGUUAUAUUAUUGUAAACAAUGAAUUGAAAUGAAAUUGUCAUUAUUAGAAAACUGUUGAUUUUGCCAGGAAUGUAGCCAUUGCUGCUGAUAUGGCAUUAAAUCUUUAAUAAAUAAAUAACGUUGACAAUAAUAUAAAAUUGACUAAAACUAUAUAACGUUAAUUGUAACGUUGACUGUAACAAUAAAA